AUUAUUAUAAACCGCCUUUUAAUGGAAAAGCGGCGCAGAGACAUUGUCCUCCACUCUCCCCUUCAGGAUGUUCGGCAGCACUUUCUAAAUUAUUCAGGAAAAUGCGCUUUGGUACACAGGGCCUGACAUUGAUCCAAGUGAGCCAAAAAUGCGCCCUGUCGGCCCUCUUCGCCUCCACCCUGCUCAUCUCCGCGGUGUUCGCCGUCGUGCCCCUGUGCCACAGCGUCCUGCUGCUGGCCAUCGCCCUGGCGAUGAGCGGGACGGCCAUGGGCGUCAUCGACACCAUCGCCAACGUUCAGCUGGUGAAGAUCUACCAGAAGGACUCCGCGGUGUUCCUGCAGGUUCUUCACUUCUUCAUCGGUUUGGGGGCCCUGGUGAGCCCCCUCAUCGCGGACCCCUUCCUGUCGGAGACCAACUGCAUCCUGGGGGCGGGCAACGCCACCAGCGAGCUUCGGCACCUGAGGCACACGCUGGGCAGGAGCGCUGGGCGCAACUGGUCCCACUACCACCUGCUGACCGAGGGCACUGUGGUCACCCAGAUCUCCUACGCCUUCUGGAUCAUGGCCGCCAUUAACCUUCCUGUGCCCAUCGUGGUGUUCGCGCUCAUGCAGCGGGAGAGGGCCCCGCCCUGCUGCUGCUGCGGGACCCGGAGCCCCCGUCUGCUGGAGCAGGACGAGCUCGCCAUGAAGACCUGGGACCAGGGCGAGGGAGAGCCCAAAAACCUGCACCCCGAGGGCCACGGAGGAGGUCUCUUUAGCUGCUGCCGAAAAGGGGCUGUCAGCACACUGACCCCGUCCGCCGCUGGGAUCCACGUCCUGGGCGGGUUGGUCGUCUUCAUGACGGACGGCCUAAUAGGGGCAUAUUCAGUCUUCGUUUACAGCUACGCGGUGGACCCUCCCUUGUCUCUGAAACACAAGACGGCGGGGUACUUGGCCAGCAUCUUCUGGGCGGCCAUCACUGCAGGCCGGCUGGUGUCCGUCCCGCUGUCCUGCUGGCUCCAGCCUGUCCACAUGCUCAUCGCCAGUCUGGCUGGCAUGGUCAUCACCGCCUUGCUCCUCCUCCUGCUCUACGCUGACAGCGUCUUCCUGUUCGUGGGAACGUUCUUCCUGGGCUUCUUCCUCAGCAGCGUCUUCCCCUGCAUGCUGGCCUACGCCGAGGACGUCCUCAGCUACCAAGGCUGCGUGACCACGGUCCUGGUGACCUGCGCGGGGGCCGGGGAGAUGGUCCUCCAGAUUGUCGUCGGCUUGGUAAUGCACAGCACGGGCAGCUACAGCUUCCUCCUGUGCAGCGUGUUUACUGGCGCCAUCGGCCUCGGCCUUUUCUUUGCUCUACUGCUGUUUCACAUGCAGCCACAUGCACAGGUACGGGUACAGUGA